CCCUACAAGAAAACUACAUUGAAAAUGAAUACCAGCUUUUUAAAAGGGGAGAUUACAAUAAAGGGUACAGGAUAAAGAUGGGUGAAAAAUGGAAAAGACAACAAAAGCUACAGAAUGUUCCUCACAUUCCUUGCAUUCGAGUCCCUCCCUCUGCCUCUGGCACUUCAUUGCUGAAGGACCUAACCCAAGGGCAGCAGCGCUACUUUUACAGCAUCAUGAGGAUUUACAACCCCAGGCCCCAGUGGGAGGCCCUGCAGACCCGCUACAUUCACAGCCUUCAGCAACACCAGCUGCUUGGCUAUAUUACUCAACAGGAGGCCUGGGCUUGUGCUGCUGUACUCAGAGAUUCAACCAAAAAAGCCUCAGCCAAGGCAGAUCCUCAUAGAAUCGCCCCCCAGGGAGCCUCAGGCAGGACAAGAACGCGGCCCUCAUCACUACCUGUGUUUGUGGUUCCACUCAGGGCCCAAAGCACAGGGCUCCAAUCCCUCAGGACCAAAGCUUUGCACAAGCUCUGAACAGGUGGUUCACCCAAGUUCCCCUAGCAUCUAGGUCCCAGGAUGCCAGACCUACUAGUGAGGAGUAGCAGUAGUUUAUUAAGAACAGUGGAGAGGAG